UAAACAAUAUGGCGGACGCUUCGUGCGUGAGGGGAAUUGCUAGAAUCGCUCUAAUUUCCCGAAUAACAGUUUUCAUUUUACAGCUUUGUUUUAACCAUUUUCUUGAUGAUUACGACUCUUCGUCUUCUUUACCACUUUCUACUGAAGAAAGCACAGCCGAUAGAGGAAUAGCAAUCCUUCUCAAUGGAUUCCACAAAUGGGACUCCGUUUACUUCCUGAAAAUUGCAGAUGAAGGUUACAAGUAUGAGCAAUACAUGGCUUUCUUCCCUCUUUAUCCCAUGCUAAGCAGAGCAGUCACAUCCCUUGUACAUCCAUGCACAGGUGGCCUAGUUCAAUUCUCAAAUGUUUUGUUACUUUUGUCGUGUACAGUAAGCUGGGCUGCAUUUAUCAUUGCUUCAGUUCAUCUCUACAAACUCGGUUUGUUUGUAGUUAAAGACAAUGUUGUAGCUUAUAUUGCUGCAGUGCUCUUCUGUAUCAACCCUGCAAGUGUGUUCUUUUCAAGCGUCUACACAGAGAGCUUAUUUGCUUGUUGUUUAUUUUGUGGGCUGUACCACCUUGUUAAGGCAAAGAGGCUAUCCCAGUGGCUAUUAUCAUCAAUUGUGCUGUCUUUAGGAACUGCAACAAGGUCAAAUGGGAUCCUUUCAUGUGGAUUUGUAACACAUUCUAUUCUCACCUCAACAGCUGGAGAAAUGUUAACUAAAAAAGAAUCCAAAAAGUCAGUAUAUCAGAUACUGAGAGCUUUUAUGCAAACCAUGGCUAAUCUGGUGAUCUGUAAUUUUGUUGUCCUUUUGCCAUUUAUGCUAUUCCAGUGGUACGGUUACCGUUUGUACUGCCGCUUACCUGUCAGUGGCUACUUUACCACUAUGGACCUACCGCCCUGGUGUAACAAGUCCCUACCGAUGCCGUACUCCUAUAUACAGAAUCAUUACUGGAAUGUUGGGUUUCUAAAUUAUUUUGAGCUGAAGCAAAUUCCCAACUUCAUUCUGGCAAGCCCCAUGAUACUACUUAGUGUUCUAUCAAUAACGAUGUACAUUCUAAAUCAGAAUGGAGCAAAAGCUGCUAAAACUCUUGGUUUGUUGCGAAGCAUAACAAACAGUAGUGGCAAGUCUGGUGUUUAUUGCCCUGCAGUUUUUGUGUACAUAGCACAUCUGACAUUUCUUACAGCUUUUGGAGUGACGUCUAUGCAUGUUCAGGUGGUAACAAGGAUGAUUGCAUCUUCGUCUCCUGUUAUCUACUGGUUUGCGGCUGAGUGUGUUAUCAACCAGUUUAACACUCCUCAGCAAGGGCCAUAUUUGCUUCCUCCCUUGGGUUCUACUGUCAUAGGGUACUUUGUUCUGUAUAGUGUUCUUGGAGUUGUUUUACACUGCAACUUUUACCCAUGGACAUAAUAAAGAACAAUAUUACAAAUCCUUGCAUAUAUCAACAAAGAUCAUGUGCAAAUAACUUGACUUAUACUGUACUUAUACUGGCACCACCAAAAUAAUUGCAAAACCAUGGAAAUAAGUGUUGCCAAAAAAUCCCUUGUUUCCUUUGUUACAUUAGUUUACUCUAGAGACAAAACAAGAAGACCAAACCUCA